GGCCGAGUGAGCCUCUGAGCCAGAGUCUGUCUCCAAGUGAUGCUUCCCCAGGGCGGGGUACAUGGGGGUGGCACCCAGCCAGAUAGGGAGACUGAGGCUGGGAAAGGUGAAGUAACUUGCCCAACAUCACAAGGCUGGUGAGCCCCAAGUUGGCGCCAUGGCAAGUUUGGGAACUUGCAGCCUGACAAGAGCCGCUCUCAUCAUCCUGCUGCUCCCCGGAAGCCUGGAGGAGUGUGGGCGCAUCAGCCUCUCAGCCUCUGUCGUCCGCCUGGGGGAUCCUGUCACGGCCUCCUGCAUUGUCAGCCAGAACUGCAGCCUCUCAGACUCAGAGUUACAGAUUAUGUGGAAACUGGAAGAAGAGCUUCAGCCUGGGGAGAGGCAGCAGCGCCUGCCUGAUGGGACCCAGGAAUCUACCAUCACCCUGCCCCAGCUCAACCGCACUCAGGUCUUUCUCUCCUGCUGCCUGCUCUGGGGCAACAGCCUACAGAUCCUGGACCAGGCUGAGCUGCGAGCAGGCUACCCUCCUGCCAUCCCCCGCAACCUGUCUUGCCUCAUGAACCUCACAACCAACAGCCUCACCUGCCAGUGGGAGCCAGGCCCCAAGACCCACUUGCCCACCAGCUUCACCCUAAAGAGCUUCAAGAGCCGGGGUGAGUGUCAGACUCAAGAGGACUCCGUCCUGGACUGCGUGCCCGAGGAUGGGCAGAGUUGCUGCUCCAUCCCACGCAAGCACCUGCUGCUGUACCAGAACAUGGGCAUCUGGGUGCAGGCGGAGAAUGCACUGGGGACCAGCAUGUCCCCACGGCUGUGCCUGGAUCCCAUGGAUGUUGUGAAACUGGAGCCCCCCGUUCUGCAGACCCCGGACUCCAGUCCGGAGGCAUCCCCACUCCAGCCAGGCUGCCUACAGCUGUGCUGGGAGCCAUGGAAGCCAAGUCUGCACAUCAACCAGAAGUGCCAGUUGCGCCACCAGCCAAAGCCUGGGAAGGCCAGCUGGGCAGUGGUGGGCCACCUGCCCCCCAGGACCCUUCAGUAUGAGCUCUGCGGGCUCCUUCAUGCCACCACCUAUGCCAUGCAGAUUCGCUGCAUCCGCUGGCCCCUGCCUGGUCACUGGAGCAACUGGAGCCCCAGCCUGCAGCUGCGAACUGGCGAGCGGGCCCCCAUCGUCAGACUGGACGCAUGGCAGAGGCAGCUGAGCCCUGGGACAGUGCAGCUGUUCUGGAAGCCAGCGCCCCCAGAGAGAGAUAGCGGGCAGAUUCAGGGGUAUCUGGUCUUCCAGAGGCCCGCAGGUCAGACUGGGGCAGCCCCACCCUUCUGCAACACCACGGAGCUAAGCUGUACCUUCCACUUGCCCGCGGAAGUCCAGGAAGUGGCCCUCAUGGCCUAUAACUCAGCUGGGACCUCCAACCCCACCCUAGUGGACUUCUCGGACAGCAGAGGCCCACCCCUGGCCGGAGUCCAUGCUGUGGCCCUAGAUCCUCACAGCCUCUGGGUAGGCUGGGAGCUCCCCAGCCCACAGCCUCAGGGCUACGUGAUUGAGUGGGGCCCAGGUGCCCCCAGUCCCAGCAACAGCAGCAAGACCUGGAGAAUGGAACACAACGGAAGCAUCAGCGGGACUCUGCUGAAAGAGAACAUCAAGCCCUUUCAGCUCUACGAGAUCACUGUGACUUCCCUGUAUCGGGACACCAUGGGCCGCUCCCAACACAUCUAUGCCUACUCCCAAGAGAUGGCCCCGUCCCAUGCCCCAGAGCUGCAUCUAAAGCACAUUGGCAAGACCUGGGCACAGCUGGAGUGGGUGCCUGAGCCCCCAGAGCUGGGGAAGAGCCCCCUCACCCACUAUACCAUCUUCUGGACCAACGCUCAGAACCAGUCCUUCUCCACUGUCCUAAACGCGUCCUCCCAUGGUUUUGUCCUCCGUGGCCUGAAGCCCGGCAACUCGUAUCACGUCUACCUCAUGGCUGCCAGCCAGGCCGGGGCCACCAACAGUACAGGCCUCACCCUGGUGACCUUUGCCCCAGAGGGGUCUGAGCUACACAUCCUUUUGGGCCUGUUCGGCUUCCUGCUCUUUUCCAUCUGCCUCUGUGGGACUGCCUGGUUCUGCUGCAGCCCCAGCAGGAAGAAUCCCCUCUGGCCAAGUGUCCCAGACCCAGCCCACAGCAGCCUGGGCACCUGGGUGCCCACCACCAUGGAGGAGGAGACCUUCCAGCUGCCCAGCCUUCGGGACCUUAGCGUGCCACCCAUCACCAAGAUCACGGUGCUGGAGGAGGAAGAGAAAAAGCUGGGGCCCUGGGAGGCUGGUGACAGCUUGAUGACCUGUGGUCUGCCCACUCUGGUCCAGACCUACGUGCUCCAAGGGGACCCAAGAGCAGUUUCCACCCAGCCUCCGCCCCAGUCUGGCACCAGCAAUCAAGUCCUUUAUGGGCAGGUGCUGGGAAGCCCCACAGGGCCAGGGCCAGGGCACUACGUCCGCUGCGACUCCACUCAGCCUCUCUUGGGGGGCCUCACCCCCAGCCCCAAAUCCUAUGAGAACCUCUGGUUCCAGACCAGCCCCCCAGGGACCCCAAUAUCCCCACCUCAAAGCCAAGAGGUCGACUGUGUCUUUGGACCACUGCUGGACUUUCCCCUUCUGCAGGGGCUCCGGGUCCAUGGGGUGGAAGGACUGGGGGGCUUCUAGG